AAUGCGGAAGCCUUGAUACUGAGAUCGGCGAGUAUGCAUGGGUGGUCGGAUACAAUGGUUGAGUCUUGCUCGUCUCUGCCAAGCUCACAGGGGACUGUGCAAGAUGAAAAAGUCGAUAGCAACAGAGGAAACAGCAGGUUGUCUUCUGCAAUUUUAAGGAAGGAUGUGGCUACACAGAUGAGCCCUGAUGAAAGCACUCAGUCUUCUCCUAAAGAGAGACAUCCAUUCUCUCAAUCACCAUUAGCCCAUCCAAUUGAAAAACUUGAGAGCCAUUUCUCAAAGUUAGAAGUCAGAGAUGUGCAAGUUGAUGAUCGGGUUACUGUUACAAGAUGGUCUAAAAAGCAAGUCGCUCGAGGCUCUGAUAGGCGUUCAAUGAAUAUUAUAGAAUGGAAAAAGAAAACUGUAGAGGCCAAGGCUGAUCCUUCAUCUGUUUCAGAAGUGGCAGAGACAACAAAGUGCAUUUCCAAGUACAAGAGAGAGGAAGCCAAAAUAACAGCAUGGGAGAAUUUGCAGAAAGCAAAAGCAGAGGCAGCUAUUAGGAAACUGGAGAUGAAGCUAGAAAAGAAAAGGUCAUCAUCAAUGGACAAAAUUUUGAGUAAGCUUAAGUCUGCUCAGAGAAAAGCACAAGAGAUGAGGAGUGCAGUAGCUACUGUCCAGUCUCAGCAGGUUGCAAAGACUACUCCCAGAAGGAGUUUAUAUUUCCGUAGAACUGGACAGACAAGUUCUUUAAGUGGUUGCUUCACUUGCCCAGCUUUCUAGUCCCCGACAUUGGUCUACUCUCAUCUCAUCGCGAGUGGAGAAAAAAUUGCGGAGCAAAAGUGGUUUCAACUCUGAUGCAGAAAGUCUUGUAAUCUUUUAGUACUUUGGUAAUGAUAUAAUAGAGAUAUUGGUGAAAUACCAAUUUGCAAUAUGGUGAGGGAGAAGGAUUUGUUUGCAAGUCUUGUAAUUUUUAGUGGUUUGUACAAGUAGUAUCAACAUGUAAUGACAUGGAAUAUAGUUCUUCUUUUUUCUUUUUCUUUUUUUCUUUUUUUGAAAUUGCUUGAUUUCUCAGCUGAAGUCUUUAUAGCAAAAGAUGCUAUGGACAUCUAAAAUGAAGGUCAAUUUCUUGCA